AUGAGCUUCUCCAAGUCAAAGGACUCGGACGCCAUACAGGUCAUUGAGUCCUUACCGGAGUCUUCCGCUGGCGGUACGGAAGAAGCUUUGGUCCAGGACUCUCGGCUUGCGAGGGCUUUGCUGCAGGAGAAUCCGAAUCCCCUCAGGAGAAGCUUUCUGAAGCUCUACGCGGUCAUAUUCGUCGCGUUCUUAUGUUCGGCGACGAACGGAUACGAUGCGAAUACUUACGGUGGCCUCUUCGCCAUGGACACCUUCACGAACUACUUCGGCAUCAACUCUAACAACCAAGGGCUUGUCGCCGCUCUCUACGUCGUUGGCAACGUCGCAGGGUGCUUCAUCGCAGGCCCCUGUGCCGACACCUACGGGCGACGUGCAGGGAUGAUCUUCGGCUCCGUGGUCUGCAUAAUAGGCAGCAUCGUGCAAGCUUCCGCCAAGACCCUGCACAUGCUGAUGGGCGGCCGGUUCAUACUCGGCAUGGGCGCCGUGUUGGUGAUGACCGCAGGCCCGCCUUAUGUCGUGGAGAUGGCGUACCCGAAGUAUCGUGGUGUGCUCACCGGCGCAUACCAGGCUUGCUUCUUCCUCGGCACGAUCACGUCGACGUGGCUCAUAUAUGGGCUUGACUACGUCCGGAACACGCCCGAGUGGACGUGGAGGCUGCCUCUUGCCAUCCAAGGAUUGCCGCCGCUGCUGAUAUUCGUGUUUGCGUGGUUCAUACCGGAAACCCCGCGAUGGUAUAUUGGCCAGGGAAAGAUUGAGAAAGCGAGGGAGAUUCUAGUCAAGUAUCAUGGCGACGGCGAUCCCGAUUCUCCCGUCGUGGCUCUCGAACUCGAGGACAUGAUCCAUUACAUCUCAGUGGAAGGCUCCGAUAAGCGGUGGUGGGACUUCAGAGAGUUGUUCAACUCCCAUUCCGCGCGGUACCGGACCUUCCUGAUCGUCUGUAUCGCGUUUUUCGGACAACUCAUCCUUCCCCCGACAAGCUACUAUCUACCCCUCAUGGCGAAAACUGCGGGAAUCACAAAUACUCGCACCCAGCUCCUGCUGAACGCGAUACAGACCCCCAUCAUGAUGGCCUCAGCCCUCUCGGGCCUACGCUGGAUAGAUCGCUCCGGGCGGCGGAAGCUCCUCUUCCCAGGCAGCCUCGGUAUGUCCAUCUCCGUCGCCAUAAUGACCGCAUGCACGGCCCAGCAAGCCUCGAACCCCGUCAUCGGUGUAGUCGGGAUCGCCUUCCUCUUUGUCUGCCUCGUCGUGUAUGCGUUUACCUGGAUACCCGCCAUGGCGCUGUACCCGACCGAGGUGCUGGCAUUCUCCACACGCGCGAAGGGGCUGGCAUUCCUCAAUCUCCUGGUCAACGUCGCGAACAUAUUUAACACAUAUGUGCCGCCACCCGCUAUCGCGAACGCAGGCUGGCGCUUUUAUAUAUUCUAUACAUUAUGGGACCUCUUGGGGGCUGCUGCAGUUUACUUCACAUUUGUGGAGACGAAGGGACGGAACUUGGAAGAGAUCGACGAAAUAUUCCAACAUCGGCAUCCGAAGAAGGCAUCACUGGAAAAGCGCAAGAUCAUUAUACACCGGGAUAAGGCGGAGGACGGUGUCGUCGUCUAG